AUGCUGGUGGAGGCACAAAGCUCGAAUGUGAGCCUUCCCUAUGGUUCCAUGGGCACUGAGGACAAGGAUCUUGAGGGCAAGAUGAAGCUGGAAAAUGACAUUCCUGAUGAUUCAGAAGAACUCAACCUCACCUUGGAUGAAGUUCAGAUUGUCAAUGAACUUGAUAGUCGUCAGUAUGGGUUCCUUGAUUUAAACCAUGCAGACAAUUCAAAGAAGAAGGAGAUUGCUCUCAAGACUGUGCAGUAUCUGGAAGCACGCCUGAAAAUGGCACAGAGGGUGAAGGAGGAGAAUCGAAAGAUUCUCAAGGAACGAAAGGAAGGGGAGAAACCAGAACUGAAGAAGAGCAUUAUCAUCGAUCCAAAAUUGUAUUGCAAGCUUGGACACCUCAAUUUGCUUCUCAAGGAACAUGAAAAAGCCCUGUCUGCCUAUCAGUCGUACCGAUCCCUGGCCCAAGAUGCUUGUAUAUGGCAAGACACAUGUUUCCUCUAUGGCGAGGGACUGGUCCACUUUCACUUCAACGCCUUCACCUGGGCGACUCAAGAUUUCCUUGACUUGCUGUACGUUGAGCCCAGUUUUCCCCGCGCCAACGAAGUUCACCGACGCCUGGGCAUCAUUUACAAAUGCAAUAAGGAUUUCGAGUCCGCUCUCAAACACUUGAAUUUCGCCCUCAGGGACUCCAGUCCGCUCUCCUGCUCCAAACUUGAAGUGAAGUGUGAGAUAGCACACGUAUAUGAGUCUUCUGGGAGACAUCGCCUUGCCAAAGAAGCCUAUGAGGAACUCUUAGCCGAUGAGUCCAAGCUCCCUCCUCUCGUCAAAGCCGAUAUCUGCAGGCAGUUAGGAUGGAUGUACCACACUAUCGAGAGUUUCGGUGAGAAGAAUCACCGAGAAGCCGUAGCCGUGCAGCUCUUGCAGAAGUCUGUCGAGGCGAACCCGAAGAGCGGCGAGAGCCUCUACCUCCUGGGCCGGUGCUACUCGGCGAUUGGGAAGGUCCACGACGCUUUCCUCGCCUACCGCAACUCCGUCGACAAGACUGAGGCGAACGCCAACACGUGGUGUUCCAUCGGGGUGUUGUACCAACAGCAGAAUCAACCGGUGGAUGCCCUUCAAGCCUAUAUCUGUGCCGUGCAGCUUGAUAAGAAGCACAAAACUGCUUGGACAAACCUCGGAAUCCUGUACGAAUCGUGUGGUCAACCGCACGACGCCCUGACAUGUUACAUGAAUGCAGCCAAGGAAGAAGCCCUGCCAGAACUGACCACCAAGAUCCGUUUCCUCAAAACACAGCUGGCCAACGCUCCUCUUCCAUCUUCUAACUCCAAGCCAAAGCCGUUGCUGUCCAUAGAAGAGGCGUGGAAUUUGCCCAUCACGGCUGAGAUCACAGCAAAGCAGCAGCAGAGGAAUCCUCCCCAAUCCGCCAUGGGCCAGCAAAAGUAUGGCCCAUAUGCGGCGGGGAAUCCCCAGCAGCCACAGCAACAGCAACAGCAAGCACCAAGUGAACCUCUGAUGAUGGCUGGAUCUCAAGCAAAGAGAUUCAAGUCUUCAAGUGUGAUUAAUGAAGUAUCUCCCACUUUGGCAUGCAGAUUGGAUGUGCCUCAGCAGCAGCAACAACACCCACCAUCACAGUCUCAGCAGCAACAGAGACUACAGGUGUCUUAUCCACCUCAGAGCCCCUACCCAAGCCCCAGUUUUGCUAACAAUAGCAACACCAGUGUGCGACCAAACCUACCUCAACCUUCACCCCCGGUGUAUCAGACUCAAUAUCAGAACCAGUUCAACCCAGACAUUGGGAGUGUUGAAUCUACCCAGAGUAAUGGCAACAGCAACCAUGUUAAUGGUGGCAACAAUGCAACGAGUGGUGCUGAGAGUCCAGGGCCUGGGACAGAGCUGGAUGCAGAGCAGGAGCUGGAAGCCCUGCUCUCGCACAAAGAGGCUGAGGACAUGCUGAAGCAGUUCAUCAAGCAAGAGUUGGAAAAUGCUGGGAACCUAGAAGAGCGGAAGCCAGUGUCCAUGAGUGAGAUCCUGGCCGAUGCAAAGGAAGAAGUCAUUGAAGAUCCACCCAGGCCCCCUCCAACACUGUCAAUCAACAUGAGCUCAUCACGCAUCCUUGUUGGGAAGAGACGAAGCCUUGGCCUUGCUUCUGGGAAGCUGAGUGUGGGGGAUGUGAGGGCAGUGAUGUCUGAGGUGUGUCCUCCACCACGCCCUCCUCCACCACCUACACCGAAGAUCCCACGGGAUAGGCUUCUUCCUCCAACACCUAGUGUGUUUGUGGAGAACAAGAAGGAAUGUCAUAGUCCUCAGUUGCAGGAGUUUGUCCUGCGUCACCCUAUCUCUGUCAUCCGAGGCAUGGCUGCUGCUCUCAAACUUGACCUUGGGCUGUUUUCAACAAAGUCAUUGGUGGAGGCUCACCCAGAGCACCGAGUGGAGGUGCGGAACCAAGUGUUCCAGACCCCAGAUGAAAACUGGGAUCCCUUGACUGGGAGGAAGGCUUGGCGAUGUGAAAGCCAUCGAUCUCAUACCUCUGUCGCCAAAUAUGCCCAGUACCAGGCCUCCAGCUUUCAGGACAGCUUGCGGGAGGAGCAUGAGAAGAACACAGGUGUUCACAAGGACAGCUCGUCAGCAGAUGAGAGUGGGAAUCAUGGCCCCAAGAGGAAGAAUGGAAAACUCCAAGGCCGAAAAAUGAUAAAAUUUGGAACAAAUGUUGACCUCUCAGAUGAGCGGAAGUGGCGAUUUCAGCUGCAAGAGCUGAUGAAAUUGCCUGCCUUUGCCCGUGUUGUCUCAGCAGGAAAUAUGCUCUCCCAUGUUGGGCAUGUCAUCCUUGGCAUGAACACUGUCCAACUCUACAUGAAGGUCCCAGGCAGUAGAACUCCUGGUCACCAGGAAAACAACAAUUUCUGUUCUGUGAACAUCAACAUUGGGCCAGGGGACUGUGAGUGGUUUGGAGUACCUGAUGGCUAUUGGGGUUCCCUUCAUGACCUCUGUGAAAGGAAUGGUGUGGAUUACCUGCAUGGCUCCUGGUGGCCACUAUUGGAAGACAUGCUAGAUGAAGGGAUUCCUCUAUACAGGUUCACCCAGAAACCUGGUGACUUUGUCUGGGUUAAUGCAGCUGAACAGUACAGGCUUGGUGUUGAGCGUUACGAGUGGAACAAACUGCGACAGUUCAAAUCCAUUGUCCCGAUGAUCCACCUGUCAUGGAACCUGGCCAGGAACAUCCGUGUCUCUGAUCCACGUCUCUAUGAACAGAUCAAGUACUGCCUCCUGCGGACAUUGCGGCAGUGCCAGCUGGUGCUUCAGUAUGUGAAAGCGCUUGGAGUGGAGGUGCGCUAUCAUGGGCGGGGGAAGAAUGAAACCACACACUACUGUGGACAGUGCGAGGUAAUGUGGGAGGUGUUCAAUGUGUUGCUGGUGAAGGAGCAGGACAAACGCCACGUGGUGCACUGUCAUGAAUGUGCCAGACGCAUCUCGCCCACUCUUGAGGGCUUCCUCUGCCUUGAGGAAUAUUCCAUGAAGGAGCUCAUACAAAUCUAUGACAAUUUCGUCCUCAACCCGAGUUCCUCAAAACAACCACCAAUCCAGCAUGUCACAUGACCGUAGUCAUGGACACGGGACAUUCACGUUGGUACAAAAUGUUUAUGCCAGUGUCUAUUAAGUGUGGAAGGUGACCUUUCCAAGGAUCGUCCCUUGUGUCAUGUCUUUCAACAUAGCAGCAUCUCACUGCCAGCUGAGGGAAAUGGUUUUUUUUUGGGAUGUUAUGUUGAUUUUGCUCAAUCUGUUCCUCCUGUUAUUUGCACUGCCCUCUGGACCGUGUUUGCCUGAUUCUGGCUUCUAUAUAUUCCUCAAAUGUGAUACCUGUACAGGAAGAAGGAAGUUCUUCCUUGGGCUUUGCUUCUUCACAGAUGGUAAACAGUGAGUGGGUUAAAACAUGGAAAGGAAAAUAAUGAUCAUCUUCAUCUCAGGUCCAACACUGCAAUGGGUGGCAUGCAUGUUUGUAUAUGUGAGCAUGAGCAAGUGAAAUGUCCGUCUUGCUUGGGCAGUUGAAAGGCGAAAUUUUGCAGCUUCUUAGGGGCAUGUAAUUGAAGUAAAUAAAUAAAAAACCUGCUGUCUGUGUUUCUUGGCGAUUGGAUCCUAGAGGCUUCUUGGCAUUUUUGAGUUUGAGUCUGCCACUCUAACAGAAUUCAGGAAUCCCUAUUUCUUGAUCUCAGCCUUGGAUAAUUUUGCAUAUUAUAUGUCCAGUAUUAGGCAAGGGAAAGAGAAAGGAUGGGUGGGAAAAAUGGAAGACUUUUAUUUGGCAGUUUGUCGGGAAACAAUAGACAUGAACAAGAUUGCAAGAGCGAGAUUGAGAUUUGGUUCCCCAAAGGAAUCCUUUUAUGAAUUUGUAUAAUAACCUUGUGAGUCAUAUGUUUAAGUUAUUCCCUGGACACCAUAUUUGGAGAAUAAAAGUCUUAAUUCAUAAUGGGUUGUGUCUGCAAUUGCAUCCAUGAGCAACUGGUCUACUUCAAAGAAACUGCCCAAUGAGAAUGCUGUAUUCACAAGGGCUGUAUUAUCCUCACCUGGUCAUUCACCACAAAUGCAAUAGACAACUUCCACCUGUAUGAAUGAAGUGGUUUCGGGUUUUAAUGGAAGGC